GUUGUAGUACUCGUUUGAGAUUUGGGGUGUCUUCGAAGAAUAUCCACGUACUACUUGAUUACAUAGUGAAGUCAGGAAUCGAUACUAGAAGUUAUUCUCGUGAAGAUUCAUAGUUGACACAGGAACAUCCUCCGAAAUUGUCAUGGAAGAUUCCAUUUUCUCACCAGGAAUGUAUUUGGAUUACAUGGAUGAAUUGUUGUUAGAUGGAUGUUGGUUGGAGACAAGUCCAACUGAGGGGUCUGAUUUCCUUAAUCCUAACGUUUUCUUUGAUCAUGGAUUCUUAUGGCCAUCUUCGGACUCUAUUGCUGGUGAUUUUGGUGGUAGCCUCAUUCAAGGAGAGAAUGAAAUAUCAGUGUUGCCUGGAUAUUCACAUAUGAAUCAAACUCAUUCUCAAGGUACUAAUUUUAGCCACAACAUGGUUGAUGAUGUUGAGCCAACUCAUAAUCUAAAUGGUGAUUGUAUAACGGAGGCUUCUGAGCUGAGUAGAAGAUGGUGGAUCGGACCCAGAACUAAUCAAGGUCCUUCAACCUCUGUCAUGCAGAGGUUAAUUGGGGCACUAAAUCAUAUAAAAGAUGUUGCACAAGAAAAAGACGUCCUUGUACAACUAUGGCUACCUAUAAAUAAAGAAGGUAAACGUGUUCUGACGACCAAUGAACACCCCUUUUCACUUGAUCCCAACAGCCAAAGGCUUGCAAGUUAUAGGAACAUCUCUGUUAAAUAUCAGUUCUCAGUCGAGGAAGAUUCUAAGGACAUGGCAGGAUUGCCUGGCCGUGUUUUCUUGAGUAAGAUCCCUGAGUGGACUCCUGAUGUCCGAUUCUUCAGAAGUGAUGAAUAUCCUCGAGUCGAUCAUGCUCAACAACAUGAUGUCCGUGGAACCUUUGCCCUUCCUGUAUUUGAACAAGGUAGUAGGACUUGCUUGGGUGUUAUUGAAGUUGUGAUGACAACUGAGAAAAUCAAGAUUCGGCCAGAGCUGGAAACCGUUUGCAAAGCAUUGGAGGCUGUCAAUCUUAGGAGUUCUAUAACUUCCACUACUGAAAACAUAAAGGCAUGCGAUCGUUCCUACCAAGCUGCCCUACCGGAGAUCAAAGAAGUUUUAAGGUGUGCUUGUGAGUCGCACAGAUUACCUCUGGCUCAGACUUGGGUUUCUUGUAUGCAGCAAGGUAAAGAGGGUUGUCGGCAUUCCAUCGAGAACUACAUUCAUUGUGUGUCUACUGUGGAUGAUGCUUGCUAUAUAGUUGAGCCUGAUAUCCGGGGUUUUCAUGAGGCUUGCUCCGAACAUCACUUGUUAAAAGGUCAGGGUGUUGCUGGGAGAGCAUUUAUGACUAACCAGCCAUGCUUCUCAACUGACAUAACCUCCUUUAAGAAGACUGAAUAUCCGCUUGCACACCAUGCAAGGAUGUUUAAAUUGCAUGCUGCUGUUGCCAUUCGUUUGCGAUGCAUUCACACUGGUGAAGCAGACUAUGUCUUGGAGUUCUUUUUACCUGCCUACUGCAGAGAUCUUGAAGGGAAAAAGGAAAUGCUUAAUUCGCUAUCCAGGGUUAUACAACAAGUAUGCUGUAGCUUACGAGUUGUCACAAAUAAGGAGCUAGAGGAAGAAACAGAUUUGACAGUUGGUGAACUUAUAGCCCCUUCGGACGGCAUAACAAGUACAGAAGAGUCAUCAAAAGAGCAGUGCACUCAUCAUUCAGAAAAGUAUUCAAGAGAAAAUCCAUCUUGGACUGCAGGUCUCACUGAUGUUAAACAAAGCAGUAGUAGUAGCACUAACACCACCACGGUACACAGGAAAGAGAAGGCAAGGGUGGUGACAGUGACAGAUAAAAUAUUAUCUAAGGUGAAGAGGCAUCAACAACGUAUUAGCCUACGUUUUGGAUGUGGAGACUCUACUGUUAAUGAGAUAAGCUUUUCAAGUGUGGCUAAGGGAAAAACAGGAGAGAAGAGGCGCAGCAAGGCAGAAAAAACAGUCACCUUGCAAGUUCUCCGCCAAUAUUUUGCUGGAAGUCUAAAAGAGGCAGCGAAAAGUCUUGGUGUGUGCCCCACAACCUUGAAAAGAAUCUGUAGGCAACAUGGAAUAAAACGCUGGCCAUCUCGAACUAUCAAGAAAGUUGGACACAACUUACAGAAACUCCAACACUACAUUGAUUCAGUACAAGGUGCCUCUGGUGCUUUUCAUACGAGUGCCAUGCACCCAAACUUCCCAGAGACGGCUUCUCCAAGAUCAUCAGGAAAGAGUGCAUUAUUGGCCUCAAACUCGGGGAUGAAUGGCAAGCCAAAGCAAACAACCUUACAGCCCGAGGGUGGUAAUUUUGGUUCCCAAGCUGCUACUUCAAAUUCACCUUCCGCCUCAUGUAGUCAGAGUUCCGAUUCAAGUCAUACUUCUUCUUCUGGGACGCAUCAACUUUCAAAAUUUAACAUGUCCAGUAAUGAAGGUCUUAUAAUAAGAGAGAAAUCUGGGGAUGGUGAGCUGAAAAGGAUUACAAGUGAAGCAGAGCAGCACACCUCAAGUCAUGGACUCAGCUUUAGAUCACAGAGCCUUACAUAUUUUAAGGAACAGGUUGCCCCUGACAGCAUUCAUCCCAUAAUUACAAAGAACACCAAUCCAAUUGCUCAGGAUUUGGAUGCUCAAAGGGUAAAAGUCACCUAUGGAGAUGUGAAGAUACGUUUCCGCAUGCAAAGUAGAUGGCAAUUUAAGGAUUUAGUGCAUGAAAUUGGAAGACGGUUUAAUAUAGAUGAUAUAGCUGGAUUUGAUCUCAAGUACUUAGAUGAUGAUUCUGAGUGGGUCUUAUUAACAUGUGAUGCUGAUUUGGAGGAGUGUAUUGAUGUGAAUGGAUGGUCUGAGGGCAACACAAUUAAACUCUUAUUACAAGUUUCUCAUCGCCAUUUGGAGCAGUCUUCAGGCAGCACAGCUCCUUCUUGAUCUGAAGUACCGCCCAUAUGAUUCAGAUUCGGUUCCAAUCGAGAAAACAAUGUUUUCGAGAACAGGGAUCUCAAUUGUUGAAUGCAUUGGUGAAGGAAAAACUCGUUUCUGACUUCCUUUGCAUAUAACAUUGGAAGAAGUAAAAUAAAGGAGCAAAAGAGAACUUUCCAGGAAACACUGUAAUAGGAUGGGGAGAAGUGAAGUUGAUGCCCUGGAUAGCUAUUUUCAGCCACGUUUCCCAUGUAAUAUAUUGCAUCAGGACAAGAAGAUAUCUCCAAAGGUAGGCUAGUAGAACAAUGAAUGAAUGAGCCUUUUUCUAACCUUACCUGUACGAUAUUCACAACGCAUGCUAUUGUUUCCUUAGUUUACCAAGAACAAUGCAAGUCAACUUUUAUA